CAUAAAAGUCCUUUUUAUGUCCUGCUGAGACGUCCUAAUGACGUCCAUUUGACGUCAGAAGGCGCUACAUUGUACGUCCGAAGGACGUUUCCUAGACGUCUACAAGACACAAUUGGUAUGUCAUCUGGACGUCAGACAUGUCCGAUCGCGACGUCCAUUGGACGUGUUGCGUGGGUAGUUGAUGCCAUGCAUUGUUCCAAAGAAAAUGUGCACCUAAGUCACAUUUUAGAGACUUUUAUAUAUUCGGAAUCAGCGUGAAAAACUCUAUCGAUUAAACUAAACACCGAAUUCAUUUUUCAGGGCUAUAAGGGCUAACUACCUACAGAAACUUAGCUUCACUUUUUAAAGUAACUGGUUGAUAAGUGUUAGUAUACUUUCUUUUAAAAACAUUUGGGAUAGUGAGGAAUCACGUAUAUUUAAAGAAUGUCCAUCCAAUAUUCAAAUUUUUGUUUUGUACUGAGGACGAUUAAAAAAUGUCUGUUCCUUCACAACAACCUGAAUUGCAAACUAUAUAAAUAAUUUCUGUAGAUUAAAAAUUUUAAUUUGUUUUGUAUUUUACAUAUUUUUAAUACUAAUUUUAAUGAAUAUAAAGAUUUUACUUAAAAAAUAGAUUUUUUGAUGUUUUAUAUAGUUUUUUCACUGGUUAUAGUGAUUAUAAUAUGUAGAUAUUUCUUUUUAAAUAAUAUCUUAUUGUUACAUUGAUUUUGAUAAAAAUAAACUAAUUUUAUGAUUCAGUUUAUAAUGUAAAACAAUUUUAUUUUUUUCUCUAAUAAAGCUUUUUUUUAAAUAGAUAUAGAUAUUUAUUUCUUUAGCUUACAAAAAGCCAUGAAAGGACUUUACAAUCUUUAUCCUUAACUCAUGCAUCCAUCCAUACCUCGUUCCAUUCCAUAUUAGCCUAUCUCUGUUUCUACUUUUUAUACGCAUUUCUCUUUUCCUCGCGCCCGCGGUGCUAACUAUACCUCCCUAUACUUAUUCUUUUAUGUAUCCUUGGUACAGCACGGCGCAACAAUCCGCCCAGGCAAACAAACACCGUACCAUAUACAGCAAGUCUGUCCACCCAAACAAACCCCCGCACCACACCGCACCCAUGCCUAUAUCUAUGCCUACCCAGUGAGAAAUGAUACAUCGAACCGAUGUCGAAUCGAUAUCGAUUUGAUCAAAUUUCAUCGAUGUAAUUUUUCCGGGUUAUUGAACAUCGAAAUCUCAAAUAUUUUGUGAUUAUUUUGAUGUCAUAAUAUUCGUAUUUGUUGGUAGCAGUAAUAAUACAAUAUAAUGUUUCUUUGAAGAUUUUCCAUGUUUUUCCUUGUUUGUAUUGAAUAUCCAUUUGUUGUCGAUUCGAUAUCAAUUCGAUACUCGCGAGAGUUGCAGUGAAAAGCGACGUGAAUAUCGAAUGAAAGCCACCUGAAUAUUGAAAUCGAUGUGAGGAUCGAUAUCACAUUUCGAUAUCAAAACGACAUCAAAUUGAUGUCGAUUUGAUAUACUAUUUCUCACUGGGUAUGCCUAAUUCUCUUUCCAUCUUAAAUCCUAAUUUACAUUCUUUUUUCGCGUAUCCUCACAUUAUUCUUUCUUUCUUUGUAACUCUAUUCCUUGGUUCUUCUCUUUCUUCUUCUCGGUUCUUCUUUCACCUUCCUUUUCUCUUCUCUCUCUUCUCUUUCCUGCUUCUUUUCCAAACAUCUUUAAUAACCCUUUUAGCCUUCUUUUCACCCAGCCUUCCAGAGAUUAGUAUCUCCACGCAGAAAUGCAGAAAUUACGCAUCUUAUCGUUCCAAUACAACGUGACAAGAAUUACCCACAAUGUGAACUUGUUGCUGCAAAGGAGAUCCACGGCUCACUUCCAUCCCUUCUGCAUCUACCUCUGCUGUCUUGUUCCAUACACUCCUUCUCCAACCUCUAUAAGCACAGUCUCCAAAGGCAAAAGAUCCAGUUCCAUGUCUCCUUCUUUUUUAACAAUCCAACAGCCUCCUUUUCUUCCAAUUCUUACUAAAAUUCCGGUUUCUCUUUUUUUUCUGCUUACACCUCUAUCGCCUCUUUGUCCUAUAUAUUUAUUCUAUUUUCUCUUUUCUUUCCUGUUCCUCUUCCUCUAUUCUUUAUGCUUCAUAAUCUCCAUCUCCUAUACUUCUUCAUCCUAUUAUGCUUCAUAACCUUAAUCUCCAACGGCCGGUGAUCUGAGUUCUCUCGGUCUUCUUCAUAUACCAAGCCACCCAGAAUUCUUAAUUAACCAAUUACUUAUACAUUCAUCUAUACCUUAACAUUUCCUUUACGGUUACUUUUAUAAUAUCUAUGUCUAUAUUUAUGUCUAUACCUAGUCCUAUUUCCUAUUUUGCAUUCUAAUUUUCUUUCGCUAUUUCUUUCCUAUACUAUCACUCUUCUCACCGUCUCCGUACUUCUAUACAUUCCUUCCUGCAAGACCGUAACAUAUAAUACUUAUUGAAAUCAAGAUUGCAAGUAGUUAAUAGUUUAAAUUUAGUUAGCAUUUGUAGUGAAAUGUAGCUUUGGAUGAGCUUUGCAUGAAUCUAUGAUAGCACUAAUUUUAAAAACAAUUAUGAUUAGUUGCUAUGUAACGUUAUCAACAACAUCACUUUUAUUUUAUCAUUGACUACGUUUACACGGCUUCUAACUUCGAUUUAGUAACGUUAAUGUUAUAACUCCUACUUAAAGUGAGGUGCGUUUACACGUUCAGGCUUAUCUUAUCCCCACCAAGCUGAAGCAGCUUAAGAACUUUCGAGUGAAGUAAGUCAAGGAUUUCCAUUAAUACCAACAUAAAAUAACGAAAAAUUAGAUGCUUGUUUGUGGUAGAAAUGUAGUCUGAAGUUAACAAAGUGAAUUUUUAGGUUACAAUAUAAAUUUGAAAAUCAUUAAAUAUUUGUUCGUUGAGUGAGAUGUAAUAAUUUACAAAUUAAAUUAAAAUUUUAGGUUAUUAUAAUUUUUGAAAACUGCAAUUAAGUGAUAGUAUGGAAAGCGUUCGUUCAUUUGUCGCCGUAUACCUGACAACUAUAGAAAACAUGAUCAUGCAAUGUACAUUUACAUGUCCGAAAUAUUUUGAUUAAACGGCGAAGGCGUCUAAAAGAAAUAAUAUUACAACACUUGUUGAAUUCAACACCAUCAAAUUAUUUGCUUGAUCUAGGGCCUAUAUUACAUUUUUUACGAGAAAGAGAAAUAUGGAUGAAAGAACGAAGUUUUGAUUGGUGGCAUCGAAUUGUUAAUGAUCAUUUUAAGGAUGAAGACUGGUUAGAAACAUUUCGGAUGACAAAAACAACUUUUUUCUGGUUAUGCAAUCAAUUACGAGACGAACUUGCUCCAAAUUUAAACCAGAUAGGCACCCGAGAACCAGUAUCAGUGGAAAAACAGAUCGCUGUUUGUCUGUAUUUUUUAUCCAGCUGCUGUGAAUAUCGCAUAGUCGGAAAUAAUUUUGGGAUUCAUUAGGCAACUGUGUGGAAGUGUGUUCAUAGAGUAAUUGAUGCAAUUAAUAAAAAACUAAUGAGCUCGUGGAUAACUAUGCCUGACAAUGAUGAGUGCCAUAAAAUAGCUGCGGAUUUUGAGAAGAAAACGCAUAUUCCACAGUUAAUUGGAGCAAUUGAUGGGACGCAUAUUCCUAUUCUUCCUCCUAGCGAUGGAUACAGAGAUUUUAUUAAUCGAAAAGGAUGGCCCUCUAUGAUAUUGCAAGUGGUUGUAGAUAACAAAUACAGGUUUCGUAAUAUUUAUUGUGGUUCACCAGGAUCAUGUCAUGACGCUGCGGUUUUUCAGACUUCAAAAUUAUACAAGAAUCACAAUUUAUUAAUUCCCAAAGAAACAAAAAUAAUUUUAAAUGUGCCAGUGCCUUAUCUUAUAAUAGGAGAUCCUGCUUAUCCGCUAUUGGAAUGGCUCAUCAAAGGAUACACUAAAUGUACUCGCCUCACUCCUGAGGAAGAAUCCUUCAAUGUAUAUCUGAAUUCUGCCCGUGUAUGUGUUGAAAUAGCUUUUGGAAGAUUAAAAGCUCGCUGGCGAAGAGUACUUAAACGAAUUGACGUACACUAUACUUACGUACCAUAUGUAAUAUCAGCCGUUUGCAUUUUACAUAACAUAGUCGAGACACGAAAUGACACAUUUUUAUCUGCUUGGGAACAUGCAAUAAGGGAAAUUCAACAAGCCGAAGUUCAACAACCAGAACUAAGAAGAACUCGAAACUUGGAUAAUUUUAAUGCCAUUAAGAUAAGAGAUACUCUGAAUACUUAUUUGGCUGAAAAUUUUGAACUCCGAAGAACAUUUGUAACAUAAACUGUAUGUCAUAAAAAUAACAAGUGUGCACAAGUCAUUUUUUGCGCUAUUAUUUUAUAUGUUAUAAAAUAAAUAGUCAUUUAUUUUAUAACACAAACUGUACAAUACAUAAUAUAAUAAAGUAAUUAUUAAAUUGUAAUUAUUAAAA